AUGGGAUUAGAUGUUAUUUGGGAUCUUACACUUUUCAAUUUUAGAUAAUAAAUUGAAGAUAUCCGUUAAUAAGCAAAACAAGAUGUAAAAACAGAGUAGUAUAUUAUCAAAGUUAAUACAUUCUGGAAAGAUGCAAAAUGUGAAUUAUUGAAACACAUGGAUACUGAUACCAGAACAAUGAAACAUUUAGAUGAACAUUUGUAUAACUUAGAAGAACAUUAAUUAUAGAUCAAAAAUAUUUAAUUGAAUAAAUAUGUGAAAUUUUUUGAGAAGAAUGUUUAAGAAUGGAAUAACAAUUAGGAGCAAUUAAUGACGCUAUUUAAAUAUUACCAGAAGUACAAAAGACAUGGUCUUUUUUGGAAAACUUAUUAAUUCAAUCAGAAGAAGUCAAGAAAUAAUUACCAAAAGAAUCAGAAUUAAUUAGUUGAAAUUUAUAGGAAUAUGAAAGGGAAUCUGAUUAUUAAAUUAAGAUUAUCUAGAAGUUCUUUACCUAACCAAAUAUUUUGAAAAGAUUAGAAAAAAUAUAAUCAAAUUGAACAGUUUAUGAGAAGGCAUUGAUUAAAUAUUGGUUACUAUAAGAAAAAUAUUCCCAAGAUUUUAUUUCGUUAGUGACAAUGAUAUAUUGGAUAUGGUUUCUCAUGGUGGUUCACCUGCAUAAAUUAAUAGACAUAUGUCAAUGAUAUUCUACGCUAUUGAUAAGUUAGAAUUAUAAGAAAAUUCUAAUAAAAAGACCAAUAGCCAAAAGAUGAUUACACGUGUUGGUCAUGAAGAAGUGAAUUAGUUAAAAAAUUGUAAUUGUUAAAUCAAAUUUAAUCUAUUUUUAAGCCAUGAUUGAUUCUAUGAUUGAUACUCUCAAAGAAUAAGCCAAAAAAUCAUUUGGAUACUAUUAUUCUUAGAUAUAUCAAUUAUAAAUUGAUAGAAAAACGUGAAUUGACUAACAUCCAGCUUAAAUUGUUUUAUUAGACAAUGACAUUAAGUGAUUGGUUCAAGUAGAAAAAGCAUUUGCAAAAAUAUCUAUGGAGACUUGAAUGUCCUUAAAGGUUAUUUUAAGAGAAGUGUUGAGGUUCUAACCGAGUCAAAUUGGAUUCGUCAGAGGAUAUUUGACGAAAUCAUUAAGAUAAAAAUUGAUGUGUUUGAUUACUACGGAUGGUCACUCCAGAGAUUCCAUUUUGAAUUGAUUUACGAAUAUUUUCGUAAGCCAGAUUAAUUUUAAUGGAAAUCUUAAUUGAAGUUCUAUUGGAUCAAUAAUGAUGCUCAUAUUAGAGUGGCUGAUGCUUCUUUAAAUGAUUGA